UCGCCGUCAACGAAAGGUAAAAGAAAAGGGAGUGUCAGAGAAACAGCCAAAAGUGUCAUGUCAAGUCGAUUCCUUGGCGACAAAGUAACCAGAAUUAUACGCGGUUAAGACCCAAUUUCCAGCUAUGGAGACUCAGCAAUCAGCGGAGGCGGGCGGCGGGGACGACUACUCCGACGUCACGUUGCGGCCGCUGGAGGCGUCGGACGCGGAGGACUACCUGGAGUGCCUGUCGGACGAGAACGUGCGCAAGUUCUGCUCGUGGGAGCCGGUCACGACGGUGGAGGCGGCGGCGGAGUACAUCGCGGGGCGCGCGGCGGGGCACCCGUGGUACCGCGGGAUAUGCGUGAAGGGGAAGGCGGUGGGGUCGGUGUCGGUGAACCCGUUCAAAGGUUGCGACAGUUGCAGGGCGGAGAUCGGGUACGCGCUGGCGUCCAAGUACUGGGGGAAGGGGAUCGCCACCAAGGCGGUGAAGAUGGCGGCGGCGUCGGUGUUCGUGGAGUGGCCCCACCUCGAGCGGCUGGAGGCGGUGGUGGACGUCGAUAAUCCCGGGUCGCAGCGGCUCUUGGAGAAGGCGGGGUUCAAGAGGGAAGCAGUUUUGAGGAAGUAUUAUCUUCUCAAAGGGAAGCCCAGAGAUGCUGUCAUGUUUAGUCUAAUUUCUACUGAUCCUGAGGUCACUUUUUUUAUGCAUGAUUUCUGGAUUUUCUGCACUGUUGGCUAUUUCAUUGGUAGCUCUGCCUCUAAACGCGCAAAUCAACAGCCCUUGCACUGCCUCCAUGCUCACCUCCUUCACCCCUUGCCUGAAUUACAUCACAAACAGCAGCCCUACAGGCGGUUCCCCCUCUGCAGACUGCUGCAACAUCAUGAAAUCCGUGAUGGGCAAUGGCGUCGGUUGCCUCUGCUUCAUCGCGGCCGGUGGCAUUCCCUUUCGCGUCCCGAUCAACCGCAAUCUCACCCUCUCGCUCCCCCGGGCCUGCCAGACCCCCGGCGUCUCCGUCCAAUGCAAAGCUUCUGGAACCCCCACUGCAGCUUCAAGUCCUGCUGCUGCUGUGUCACCUGCUCCCGGGCCAUCUCGUGGUCCCGGAGGUGAUGAUGUUCUGAAGCCACUGUCACCAGGUUUGGCACCAGAAUCUGAUGCAACUCCAACUCUGACCCCUCCAUCUCCGACCACAAAUACCGGCAGCCGAGUCUCCCCGACGCCCUCGGCCGCCCCGUCUCGGUGCCCAUCG